AUGUCGGCCUCUUCAGUUCAAAAAGAGCCCGAGGUUGGCUCCCUCAAAACUGAAUCGAAGAAACCCGAGCCCCUUUCCAUGUCAAAUGUAUCAAAAUUAGCCUCGCCCUUCCCUUCCCCCACGGAUACCAAGAAACCGGAUUCCCUUCGACGGGCGCCGACUACAGACGAAAAUGCAGGCCUGGACUCCUAUCAGAUCAAGGAAGCGGGCGGGAUAUUGAAGGACACCGAACAUCGUCCGUCUUCACUAAAGCAUGGCUCUCCGAGGGGCAGAUCAUCCCUGAGCAAUCGUCCGCCAAACCGGUCGACCGAAGAGCAGCAACCAUGGGCUCGCCAUCAACGCCAAUCAUCCAUUCCUGGAGUCUCUCCUCCAUCCCGUACCCAGAGCGUGCAAUUCCGAGACACCGACACCGAAGCCCAGUCGCGGCCCCAAUCACGUCCCGCGUCUCUACACGGUUCUGAGGAAGAGGGUCCUAAGGGGAAACAAUCAUUGUUCGGCAAGAUCAGGUCAUUGGCUGCUGCACCUGCAUUUACCUCACAUUCGCGAUCCCCAAGCAGUGCGAGUGCAGACUUCCGACCAGGACCAAUCCAACCUGACAUUGCGACCCCGGGCUCAGAAAGGGGAGAAUUCCGGUUCCCGGAGCCUCUGGCGGAAGAGGGGAGUGAAAUUGAUGCCGACGCAGAAGAGAGUGGAGGCGAGCAACGCGAGCGCCGGGAAAAGAAGAAGCUGCCCAGGCGUCGCAAGCAACAGCAAGAGGAAUCUCAAACUGCACCUAAUACACCCAAAACCACCCGCAGACCAUCUUUCCACUUUGCUUCUUCCUUUGCGCCCUUUGAGAACUAUCGGACCAACCUAUUCCCUCGGAGAGCAAGCACUACGGACUUCACACCCCAGCAGCGUGAGGGUGUAUCAGAAGACGAAGGUCGUGAGAGGUUCAACCGUCGCAGAACCCGUCCUUGGGCUGCCAACCGGGGCCUGAGCUACACUGGGCGGCAACCAGAUGGCACCCAGGACGAACAGCGGCCCAGUAACCUGAGACGAUUGACCGGGUUCGCCGGGCCUGGAAAUGAAGAAAGCUUAGCAGCAAGUUGGAGACGCCAUCGUAAUGAACGUGGCACUAGCGCCAGUGCCCAGCGAUGGAAGCAGAUCAAAGCUGGUCUGAAGCUUAUUGGUCAGCGACGCAAGCCAGAGAAUACCGUGGACAACAAAAAGUCCGCCGAGCUGCUUGCUGAACUUGCAUCGGCUGUGCCUGCUGCAUUGAUUCUGGCUAGUGCGUUCCAGCGUGAUGAGCAUGGCAGCAAACGAAUCCCCAUUCUUCUGGAGCAGCUCAAGGUUCGUGUUACGGACAGCCGCGUUGACUCUAGCUCGGGUGAUCGCCAUUUGGUCUUCCGCGUUGAGAUGGAGUAUGGCAGUGGUAUGACACGAAUGAAGUGGAUCAUCUUCCGCACACUGAGGGACUUUGCCAAUCUGCAUCUCAAAUACAAGCUCCAUCUAGGCACGCAAAAAUACAUCCAGCUACGGACGAGCGAGAACAGCCCGAGUCUCCCUCGUUUCCCCAGAAGUGCCUUCCCCUACAUGCGAGGUGUGCGUGGUCUGGAGAGUGAAUUUGAGGAUGAAGACGAGGAAGGCGGUUACGAAACUGGCGCUGAGGGGAUGAGUGGAACAGAGAGGCCGAUGAAGAGGAAACAGAGCCAACAACCAAGUCAGCGUCGAGUCUCUGGAGCUAUCGUCCGCCGAAAGUCCAGCAUCACAAACCAGGAAGGCGAGCCAGCUGCAGGACCUUCAUCCACCCACGAAGGUGUGACCGGGAAAAAGGAGACAUACCCGGAAAAACAGCGAAAGAAGCUGGAGCUCUAUCUGCAAAAGAUGAUCAGGUUCUUGAUAUUCCGAGCUGACAGCAACCGACUCUGUAAAUUCUUAGAAUUGUCUGCUCUUGGUGUUCGUUUGGCCGCUGAAGGUAGUUACCACGGCAAAGAAGGGUUCCUGAUCAUUCAGUCCUCCAAGGGUCUUGACUUUAGGAAAGCUUUGACUCCCUCUUUGAUCAAGAAGCGACAUUGGCCUAAGUGGUUUUUGGUCAGACAUAGCUAUGUUGUCUGUGUUGAUUCUCCCGAAGAGAUGAAUAUCUAUGACGUCUUCUUGGUGGAUGCUCAAUUUAAGAUCCAGACACAAAAGAUCAGCCUUCGCAACCAGAAUCCUAAGGAUCUCGCCAAGUCUGCAAAGCAGUCUGCAAGACACCCUCAGCACCAUACCCUCCGACUUGAGAACUCUGAACGCAAGCUGAAAUUGUUGGCUCGAAAUGAGCGUCAACUCCAGCAGUUUGAAGAUUCGAUCCGUUUCAUGGCUGACAACACCCCUUGGAUGCAGCCCAACCGGUUCGACAGCUUUGCUCCUGUGCGACAAAAGUGCUUUGCACAAUGGCUUGUUGAUGCUCGGGACCACAUGUGGGUUGUCUCACGAGCAAUCAACCAGGCAAAGGAUGUUAUUUACAUCCAUGACUGGUGGUUGAGUCCAGAGCUGUACCUGCGUCGUCCUGCUGCUAUCAGUCAGAAAUGGCGGCUGGACCGUCUCCUGCAGCAGAAGGCUCGUGAGGGUGUCAAGGUUUUUGUGAUCAUGUACCGCAACAUCAACUCUGCCAUUCCCAUCGACUCGGAGUAUUCCAAAUUCUCUCUUCUCGACCUCCACCCCAAUAUUUUCGUCCAGCGUUCACCAAACCAGUUCCGCCAAAACACCUUCUUCUGGGCUCAUCACGAGAAGCUUUGUCUUAUCGAUCACACUCUGGCAUUUGUUGGAGGUAUUGAUCUAUGCUUCGGUCGUUGGGAUACUCCCCAGCAUCAGCUGACCGAUGACAAGCCCACUGGUUUCGAAACCACGGAUGGUCCUAAGGAUGCAGACCACUGCCAGCUUUGGCCUGGAAAGGACUACUCCAACCCCAGAAUUCAGGAUUUCUAUGAUCUUGACAAGCCAUAUGAGGAGAUGUAUGAUCGCAACGUUGUGCCGCGUAUGCCUUGGCAUGAUAUCUCCAUGCACGUCGUCGGCCAACCUGCUCGGGAUCUUACUCGUCACUUCGUGCAACGCUGGAAUUAUAUCCUUCGCCAGCGCAAGCCUACUCGACCCACGCCCUUCCUCUUGCCACCUCCCGAUUUCAACCCCGCUGACCUAGAAGCUCUGGGUCUGGACGGAACUUGUGAAGUACAGAUUCUCCGUUCCAGCAGCAUGUGGUCGACCGGAACACCAGAUGUCACCGAACACAGUAUCAUGAAUGCCUAUGUCAAGAUGAUUGAGGAGUCUGAACAUUUCGUCUACAUCGAGAACCAAUUCUUCAUCAGUACUUGUGAGAUUGAUGGCAGAAAGAUCGAGAACCUCAUUGGAGAUGCCCUGGUUGAGCGUAUCGUCCGAGCUGCCAAGAAUGAAGAAGCGUGGCGCACAGUUAUUGUCAUUCCAUUGAUGCCCGGAUUCCAGAACACCGUCGAUAGCGAAGGUGGUACUAGUGUGCGUCUCAUCAUGCAGUGUCAAUACCGCAGUAUCUGCCGUGGAGAAACCUCCAUCUUCGGCCGCCUCCGUGCUCUUGGAAUUGAACCCGAGGACUAUAUUCAGUUCUUCAGUCUGAGAGCCUGGGGCAAGAUUGGACCCCAAAAGCAGCUGGUGACCGAGCAGCUUUACAUUCACGCCAAGUGCAUGGUUGUGGAUGAUCGCGCUGCUAUCAUUGGAUCUGCAAAUAUCAACGAACGAUCCAUGUUGGGAUCGCGUGAUUCUGAGGUUGCGUCUAUCGUGCGAGACACUGAUAUGAUCAUGUCAAGCAUGGCUGGCAAGCCAUACCUUGUUGGUCGGUUCCCGCACACCCUGCGCAUGCGCCUAAUGAGAGAGCAUCUUGGUAUUGAUGUCGACGAGCUCAUGGAGCACGACUUCGCUACCGAAGAAGAGCUGCGCAAGAUCCAAGUCGCCGAGGGCAAUGACCGACCAUCUGACGACCGCGGACGCAGAAACUCUGGAUCAUCCGUUAUCGAACGUCAAGAUGAGAGAGAGAUGAUUGAGCGUCGCCACCGCGUCCAAGACGAGUUCCUUUCUCGUUCGGAGGACAUGUAUAGCUUCAACCAUGAUGUCGACUGGGAACAGGGUGCCAACCCUAAUCUCAAAUCGAACCGAAAGCUUACUGCUGACCCGCGUGUCACCGAGAACGCCGAACACAGGAAAGAUGUGAAUGGUGACGGUGCUGACCAUUUGGCAGUAGCCAGUGAAGCUGGAUUGGGAGUUGGCCGUGAUUCGCAGAUGGUCGCCAAUGGAUCCGAAGCCUUACUCUCGCCCAUUGCUUCAGAAGGCAAGGGUACUAUUGAACGACCUUCCUCUUCACAGAAGCCAUCCCGGUCAGCCUCGGCCCACAAGAAUCUACGCCCUGGUUCAUCGAGCGAUACCAUGCGCGAAUCCGAAGCAAAUGGAGAUGCCGCACAGAACCAUAGUGGCUCUGGCACAUCGAGCCGUGAGUCUGAAUCCAACGGUAUCGGUUUGAUCACGUCAAAGGGAGAAGACCACGAGACCUCCAAACACCCACAUCCCGCCGUCCCAGACCUCAAGCAAAUCUUCAUUGAUAAGGAUUGCAUGAGGGACCCAGUCAUUGAUUGCUUUUACCUGGACACAUGGCAAGCCGUCGCUGAAAAGAACACAAAGAUCUACCGAUCUGUGUUCCGCUGCAUGCCUGACAGCGAGGUCAAGAACUGGAAGGAGUACAAGGAGUACGCCGCAUAUGGCGAGCGUUUCGCAGAGAUGCAGAGCCAACAGGGCAACAAACCUGCCCAGCCACCUCAGCAAAAGCAAAGUGCUCCUCCUGGAGCUGCUCCAGUCAGCUCUCCCAUCUCAAUCACCUCCCCAUUGUCCUUCAUCAGUGCAAACAAGAUCGACACCCCGCCGACGGACCCGAAAUCCCCUCAGACAAUCGAUGAGAAGCUCAGUGCUGGACCCUCAGAUGCCCACCGUCCCCACUCCGAGCAGCUGGCUAAGCAAGAAACACUGUCUUCUAUCGACGAAAAGGCCCCGUUGAAGGUGGCCUCAGACCCGAACCUUAUGACCAACGCUCAAAACGGAUCUGGCGAUGAUAUUGAGAAGCCUCGCUCAACAUCGGUCCAAGUCGAUUACUCCGAAGCUGUGAACCUGAACUCGACCAGUCAGUCUCGCAGACGUAGACGCAGAGCUACUACCAUUGGCUCCAAGCGCGAUCCCUAUGGCGCAGAUGAGUUCCUGGAUAAGGGACGCGCAGAAGAUCUCCUCAACAAGGUCCAGGGCCACCUAAUCGCCUGGCCGUAUGAUUGGCUUGAGAAAGAAGAGCAGGGUGGAAACUGGCUCUAUGCUUUAGAUCAGAUCUCCCCAUUGGAGAUCUACAACUAA